AUGACAAACAAGCGGUGUGAAGUCCUCCUGGGUAGUGGAAACUACUUCCACUGGGAGUAUAACAUGCGCAUGACGUUGGCGCGCAAGGGGCUGCUGGUGUACGUUCAAGUCAUCAAGAAAAAAGAAGAGAUGACGGAUGCCUGGCUGUUCAACGACGCUAAGGCACUGGGUAUCAUCGCUCAAGGCAUAGAGCUACAGCACCAGACCAAGAUACGAUCGGCGACGACAGCUAUGCACGCGUGGGUCAUCUUGCGGGACUUCUACAACCGCACCAUGCUCCACAAUCGUGUCGAGAUGACACGUCGUCUGCAUGAGUUCAAGAUGGAGAAUGGUUCGACCAUGUCGAAGCACUUGGAUGCUUUUGACGAGCUUGUUGUCGGCCUCCAGACACUUGGAGAGCCAGUCGAUGACUCUCGGCAGCUAGUGGUGCUGCUUAGUAGUCUUCCGACGGACUAUGAGCUCAUCUCGUCAAUUGUGGAGAAUUCCAAGGACAUUACGCUCAUCGAGGUCAAGGAAAAGCUGCCCAAGGAGCAUGAACGAUUGCAGAGGAAGGAGACUACGGAGAAGGCGUUUCUUGUAAGCAGCAACGGUAGACGGUUCAAGGGAGGCCAAGGUAACGGCCGCAAGGGAAACUAUCUACGGAAAACCAACACCGGAAUUAAAGGCAAGUGCUUUAAGUGUGGUCAAGUCGGACACUAUAAGCGGGACUGCCUGAAGCGUAGCAAUGGCGAGGAAGAAGGUGCUGUAUUUGCUGCUGGUGAGUUGCAAUGCGAAGAAUGGCUUAUCGACAGCGGGGCUACGUCGCACAUGACACCACAUCGGAGCGAUCUAUUUGAGUACAAGGAGUUGAAGACUGGUCAACAAGUCUCUAUCGCUGAUGGCAAGAAGCUGCAGGUAGCUGGAGUGGGAACAGUCAAGCUGAAAGGUCUAGACGGUCGACGGAUCAUGAUGGUCGAUGUCAUGCACAUACCAGGACUUGACAAACGAUUGCUGUCCGUUGGCAAACUGGCAGGACGAGGCAUGAGGGUAGAGUUUCAAAGCUCGUCCUGCAUCAUUUGGAGUGCCAAGCGCGCGAUUGCAAGCGGCAAGAAGAUUGGCAAGGCGUACUUCCUGGAUUGCGAACAAGAAGAAGCCCGGCUUGUAGAAUACGCAGGGGCUGAAAGUGAGUGGGAGCUUUGGCACGCUCGCUUGGGACACCCCGGAAGAUCUGGUAUGGACAAAACACAGCGCGCUACGAGUGGUAUGCCGGCGGUAAAGCAGGGCAUCGAGAAGCUGUGCAGUGGAUGCAUGAAGGGCAAGCUGACGAUCAAUACAUUCCCGUCUCAAUCGCUAACAAUGACGUCACGUGUGUUGGAAAUAGUACACACGGACGUGAUGGGACCGAUGAAGACGGCCUCAAAGGGUGGUGCACGAUUCGUAUUGACAUUCGUAGACGACUACUCAAGAUUUGUGGCAGCGUACUUCAUGAAGCACAAGAGCGAGGUGACCGCAAGGCUUAGCGAGUUCAAGGCUUUCUAUGAGAAUCAAUGGGGCAAGCACUUGAAGUGUAUACGGUCGGAUAACGGGGCGGAGUUUGUCAACAAAAAGAUUGCCCAUAUAUGCGCCCGUAAUGGUAUCAUGCACCAGCGGACAGUACCAUAUAGUCCGCAACAGAACGGCGUUGCGGAACGCAUGAAUCGCACUAUCAUGGAGAAGGCAAGGAGCAUGCUGUACUACAAGGGUAUCGACAUGCAGUGGUGGGCAGAGGCGGUCAGUACGGCUGUGUACUUGAUCAACAGAUCCACAAACUCUGCAAAUCCGGACGUAACACCGUUUGAGGUUGGUUUCAAGAUGAAGCCGUGUAUUGAGCAUUUGCGUGUGUUUGGAUCGCAAGGGUAUGCUCACAUUGACGACGCCAAGAGGACGAAGCUCGAACCAAAGAGUUACCGGUGUAUGUUCCUCGGAUAUGCGGAGAACACCAAGGGAUACAGGGUAUUCAAUCUGGAAAGGUCGAAUGUUGUCAUAUCGCGCUCCGUAAAGCUGGACGAGCGGGAAGUUGAAGGCAUAUACGACACGGUGGUACCAGAUAAAGCACCAUUCGUCAAGUAUAUUAGGGACACUGAUGAAGCAGUGAUUCCGGUGGUUCGUCUGUAUGAUGGAGACGAGACGAUGGAAGAUGUCGAAGAAAGCGCUCCUGAUGUCGAGAUGGACGAGAUAGAAUCGGCUCCAUUCGAAACAGGUAUCAUCAUACCUCAAGUACUCGAUCCAGAAACUCAAGAACCAAGAGGCGAUGAGAUAACGGGAUAUCAAGCUCCGAGACAAGCUUUUCAGGAGGACAGGUUGGUAUUUCAGCCGGAGAUAAAUCGGACAAGACGCUCACGAGACAGAAUGCUGCUGCUUGAGAAUGGGAAUAGCAGUGAAGACACGUCAGAAGCUAGCGAUGGACCACCUUCUCCAAAGCGUGCAAGAAUUGAUAACGAAGGUCUCAUUGCAGAGGCUGUAUUACCUAUGCUGCAAGCGUUGGCGAGGCGGACGACGCUCCAUCAACAUACAGCCAAGCGUUAA